AUGGCAGGAGAAUGGCGAGUGCCGCCGCUGUGUCCCUUGAAGCAAUCUGCCCUCAAAGAGCCCGCUGAACUGCGGGUCAGCGCGCUGGCGCUUCACAAAGGCAGCUUUGGAAAGCUGGGUUUAGUUUAUGUACCUCUGUACUGUGGGAGCCAGCUGYUCCAGAGAGUGUGGGAAGCCGACUUGGAGGCCUGUCAGCUGCUGAUCCGAGGGUUUGAACUGAAGGAAACCGGUUGCUGUGUUUUUGAGGAAGAGGAGAAUCAAAUGGAUGAGAUGGAGAGAAUUGGUGAUGGCCCCUCUGAGUCUGACAGAAGAAAAGAAAGUCAUUUUCCAAAGAGCACAGAGUGGGGCCCUGCUCCAUGCCCCAAGCACAGUGAAAGAAAAGAGGUUUUGGAAGAUAUUUCAUUUGGAGCAGAGGGUCAUUUAUCUGAGGAAUUCUUCAUAUUUUCCGCAGAGCUGGGAGAAAAGUGUGAAGCAAUAAGUGAGAAAUUGGUGCAUCUGGAAGAACAACUGCAAACUUCAGUCUGCAAAGUUGAUGAUGGAGUUAUUCAGUCUCUGCAAAGGGAGAUCCAGGUGGUGAAGGAGACACUCCAGACCGUGAUGGUGCAACUUCAACCAGGCAGGGAGGCAGCAGAAGAAAAGGCUGGAGACUUCCUCGGUGACAGCUGGUGUCCAGGAAAACAAGACUUGCAGGAAUAAUGAGCAGGAAGAGCUGGUAGGAUGACAUUAAUUCGCAAAGGGCUGCUUUUAGUAACUGAAUACUGUUUUACCAAGCCUCAGGGAUCUCUUCUCUCCCUGCAUAACUAAUAACUAAAUCAAUUAUGGAGAAGCAGAGCCCGGAGGUCUAUCAUCUGAAGUAUUCUACACGGCCUCACAUGUUUUGGCACAGAUUGGGAAGCAGCUUUCAGAGCAGAGCAUCUCCUGUAAGUGUGUGGAUUACAAAUUGAUAUGUUUUAAGUGAGUCUGCGAAGUUGCCUUUAAUGUCAGUGAAAUGUUCUCCUCAACUCAUCAACAAUAUUUGUCUUCCUCAGUCACGGAUUUUUCUCCCCAGUUUAAAAAUGUAACAUUAAAGCUGGUACAUCUAGUAUUUCUUGAAGCAUAGCUGUAAGAAUGUAAGUACUUUUCUUUCUUUGGCUUUCACAGCUUUCUUACACUCAACAUAUUUUUGCAUUCCUGCCAAUAAUUAAAUCAAUAGGAUGAAAUUCCAGCCAACCAAGUUCUUUCAACAGAAGUUUGGACCUCAUUUACUCAGUGGUGUGGAGAACAGUGGAGGUAACUAACAGCAGCCCCUACCCUGCAGCAGUAGUUAGACUAUUUCAUGUAUAUGUUAAUAUAAACUUGCUUUGAUAUUACAGGGGUUAUAAAGCACACAAUUAAUGUUGGUGAUUUGCAUUACAAGUAUAAGUACUGUAUGAACAAUGUCAUUUAAAUUUCUUUGUAAAGUUUAUUAAUGCUAUUAUAUUGCUUUAAUCUAUAUGAAAGUUAGAAGGAAUAGACACGUAUGUAUGUAUAUACAUACUUAAACAUGUAUUUUUAAUACGAGAUAAAUGUUCAAGUGAGACCAACUGCUAUAAAUAACCUGCAUUUAGAUCAGUGUUCAAAGCAGUUAAUGAUCAACAAUUCAUCCUCUCCUCUUACUGGGAUACUAGAGUAUAUCUGAUAUCACACAAAAUUCAGCUUCUGCCAUUUGUUGCAGAGACRAAUUAAAAAUAUAUAUGUAUAUGGUUAAUUAUCUGUUUUAAGCCAGUAAAUGAAGCCAAUCACAUGUAACUCAUUACUGUACUUUUUAAUACUACCUUUGUCUGACAUGUUUAGACUGACCAUUUCUGCUACUUUGAUUGCUCAUUUCACAGCCACAUGGGGAGGGUUUGUGCAAGUUUAGCAGCUCAUUGGGCUACUAGUCCUGUGAGAUUGUGAUCAUUUUCCAUGUGUGUUAGCUGAAACUUCUACCUCAGUGUUAAGUAUAUAGGGAGAAAAAGAGCGCCAGGCAGCUGAGACAACCGUACAACAGGGUUAUAAUUGCAUCCAGGAGUAUAUGGUUGUCAAACAAGGGGACCAGAGCUCAAGUGGUUGCUGCAGUCAUCAGAUCCUCAGGAUAUAAUUACAACCCUGUAAUUCAAAGCAUGGGUGACUUUUAUCUUUGUAUAAUAUGUGGAUCAGCAUCCGUGCUGUGGUUAGGAGCCUUGGAUCGUUACCGUGCACGGACUGCAGUACUCGGAUCCCAUCACCAGUCUUGGAUGGAGGUCUCUUGCUGCUCUAUGGCCUCUUUUUUUCGACAGGUCUCCUUCUCCCAGCUUUGCUGGCUGGAUCCUUGUUUGCUACCUACCUCCCUGCUGCUGAUGUGGCACUUUCUGAAAAUUCCCACAGACGGAUGAGCAAAGUGUUAGUCACGGGCUACGGGGAGCGGGUCUGCUUGUCUUCUGGCACCGGCUGGAGUCCAGCCCCAUGCGCGGAGCCAGCUCCAGUCUGGGAAACCCUGGGUGGGCUCAUGCAGUGUGGGUGCCUGGGGAGGACCGUGAACCACAGAAACUGGCAUGAGUUCAGGUAAACAGAAAGAAAGCGCACUGACAGAGUAGACCUAGCAGCUGUUUCCUUAAGGCAAGCAGAAGCUGCUCGUGAGUUGCCAUCGGAGAGUCCAGGUCUUGCAUUUCCGUCAGUGGGCAUUUAUAGGACUGCAAGCGCACUGUGAGGACAGCCCGGCGGGAUGAACUGUGCACUAAAAUUGCAUGACCUCCCUCUCCCCAUAUGCCAAGAAGUGUGUAGAGUUCUGUCCUUUGAUAAUCUAGUGCCUUUAAACUAAAUAGUUGGAGGGCAYUGUAAAUGUCUUGGAGCCAGGAUCUGCCACAGCUGAACUGUGAAGUCUUCCUCCUUGCAGCUCUUAGGACUCAGCGGUUGGCAUAGGAACCCUCGUAAGGACAGGCAAGUAGCAUCCUCAUUCUCAGCAGCAAGAUUUUUGAAGACAUUCCAGCUCACUUAAAAACCUAUGUGGCGUUCAUAUUUCCCAGCUUCAGAAUGCCARUGUGGUUUAAUAACACUCAACUUAUGCAACCACUUUAAGACAUUGAACUCCUGAGAAGGAGGGAAACUGAAUCUGUCCUCGUUUAUGUCAUAUUUGUAUCUAUUAACAUUUAUUUUAUACAUACUGUGGACUACUACUACUUUAUUUAUUAUUCCAUUAACUUCACUGUUUGAUGUGGGAAGUUAGAGCCAGUAAUCAUUCUUUUUCUCAGACAUGCUGAA